AUGUUUUUUUCAGGUACAAAUUCAGAUACUGAUGAAUGGUCAAUGGAAUAUAAUCAACAUCAUGGUUCUAGCUUAACAGGAACAAUACAUGAAUUAGCAUCUAUAGAUGAUAGGGAUGAUGUCGAUAUACAUUUUCCAGCAUCAUUUGAUAGUUAUAAUUUUGAAUAUCCAUUAAUUGAAGGUUACCGUUUAGCAAACUCUCAAAGCCUUAUUUUAUCAUCAACUGUACCAAAUUCUGAUGCAGAAUUACUUGAACGUCAUAAACGUGAUAUACCUUGGGCUUUUGCUGCAUCUCAAGACUUGGUUAUGGAUGGCAGUGGCACUGUCACAGAAGAAGAGAGUACGCAAGAAACUGUAACAAAUACACCACAAUCAACAAUAACUGUACAGUUAAAUUUAAACGAGACUACUCCUACUUCUACUGUCAUCACCACAGCUGAAGCAACAGCCGAUACUGGAGUUGUAAGUAGUACAGAGAGUCCUACAACAGCCACAGGAAGUUCUUCGGUAUCAUCGACUACUACAAGUACUUCCUCUACUACCAUAACACUACAAACAAGUGAAGCAAUAUUGAAUACUACUACCACCACAAUAUCUACAAGUUCAACAACAACAACAACAACUACUACGACGAUGACUACUACAACAACCACCGGAUCAAUAACAUGUGGAUGGAGCAAUUGGAUACCAUUGACUGAUUGUACACCAGAAUGUGGAAUAGCCUAUCGAACUGAAAAGCGAUCAUGUAUUGAUUACACCACUGGUAUUUCUUGUGACAGCUUUUCCUGUGGAGGUGGUGAUGAAACACAAAAUGUAACAUGUUCUUUUUCUCCACCAUGUGAAACACUUACUGUUACUCCACAAACUUCUAUUCGAGAUUCAACUGUCAGAAUUAUUCCUUAUACAUUACCUGAUCGAAUGAAUUUCUUUCAACAAACAUAUCGUCGAAUUUGGAUAUCAAACAAAGGUUAUAUUACAUUUGAUACUCCAUUCUAUGGUCGAACAAUGACAACAUCAGGUUUUGAACGAAUACAAAAACAAGCAAUCGUCGCACCAUUCUGGACAGAUUUAGUUUAUGAUAAUACAUCAUCAAGUAUGACAAUAAACUGGUAUAAUUCGAUAGAUUCAAAUACACGUGCUAUAAAUAAUUAUUCUGAUAUUAUUCAAUCAACAAUUAAUUCAGCUUGUCCAAUAUCAUUUUGUUCAAAUCAAUUUCUAGCAGUACGAGUUGUUCGAAUCACUUGGAAUAAUCUUAUUUAUGAAUUACCACAUACGAAUCAAUCUAUAAAUCUAUCAUUUUCAGCAUAUCUUAUCAAUACAUACGAUCAAUCACAAUAUAGUUAUCCACAACUUCGAUCUUAUUUUACAUUUGACUAUAGUAAUCUUCCAACUAAUCUUUAUUAUCUUAGACCUUUUAUUGGUUAUCGUGGAAAAACAAAUGAAACGCUUAAAGUUUUUAAUGAUCCAAGAUAUUAUCAAAAUGCUGCAUUUCUUGUUGAUAGUCCUCGAAGAAAAAGUUUUUAUAUUGGUAGUCGAUUUUUACCUCAAUGUGAAGUAAUUUAUCUACAAGAAACACAAAAAAAUAUGUUAAAUCCUGGACAAAAUUUAAAUGAUAUAAUAAAGAAUCCUCGAUUUCCAUGUCCAUGUACCCUAAGACAAGUACAAGUUGAUGGACGUUUUAAUCGUUUAUUUAGUGAAACAUACUAUGAAAUAGCACAAAAUUUAGUUUGUUAUGGACCUAUGAUAAAUAAUUGGAUUCAUAUUGGUCGAACUUCACAAUUGCUCAAAUCACAAACAUGUUGCUAUCAUCGAUAUAAUCAAGGUUUAAUUACAUCAGGUUAUCUUGCUGGUUCAGUUCUAUCCGAUUCGAAUAUUCUUUUUCAACGACAUUCAUCGCAAAGGAGAAUCCAAUUUUAUGAUCAAUGUUGUUCACCAUCGAAUAUAAAUGGCAUUCCUAAUUGGGAUACAUGUCGUUUAUAUUAUCAACUUCAUCCACCAAGUAGUUGUACAGGAUAUCGAUCUCCAACACAAGUAAGUGGUGUCGGUGAUCCACAUGUGACUACAAUUGAUAAUGGUCAAUAUACAUGUCAUAUUCAAGGUGUUUAUAUAUUUUCAAGAACAAAUCAAAUAGCUGAACGUCAAGCAAAUAUUAAUCUAGAUAACAAUUUAGCUGAUAGUAAUUUGAUAUAUCCUGAUGAUUUAUUUCGGAUUCAUGUUCGUUCAGUAUUAGUGGCACCAGCUUUAUCUUAUAUUGAACGAAACCAUGGAUAUGGUUCAGUAUUUUCAAGUUACACUAUAUCGGCACUCAAUUAUAAUUUUACGAUCAUCAAUAAUAAUGGCAAAUUUGGUUGUACAAUAAAUAAUUUAAUACUGACAAAUACAUUGGCAAAUAAUCUAGAUUAUGAUUAUACAAAUAAGAAUGAUACAACCGAUACAAAUCAAUAUAUUUAUCGAAUACAACAAUCAGCUCGAUUGGAAAUGAAUAAAACAAUACCUCAAUUAACAUUAGCUCUUUGGUCUGGAGUUACGAUUCGAUGUGAAAUUAUUGGUGAAAAUCUUGAAUGUACUUUAUCAUUACCAGAAAAAUUUCGAACAUUUAUCGAAGGUCUAGCGGGUAAUUUCAAUAAAAAUCCUAGUGAUGAUUUAUUUAAUCGAGACACAAAUACAAUUGUUCCCAUCACAUCUUCAUCAAAUCGAACAACACUAGAUAAUGAUAUUGAUGUUCUUAAUGCUUGUCGAUCUUGGAGAGCAUAUACUACCGAUACAACACCUGAUAUUAGUCGUCCUAUUAUGCCUACAAAGCUUUAUAAUUGGUAUCGUAGUAAUGAAUCUAGUGUCUUUUCAAGUUUAUAUCCACAAAUGAAUGAAACUCUUGAUGAAACAUGUUCAAAUAAUUUUGAAUGCAUUCAUGAUUAUCUUAUUCGAGUAAAUUCUUUUACAAGUAAAGCAACCGCUUCUGGAUUAAAAUUAAUUCAAGAAUCAAGAAUUAUUUUUACUGAAAUGCCACCGAUAGAUAAUUUAACAUUGCCUAUCCAAAUUAUUUUACCAAUAAAUCAAACGGAUCGUGAUUACCGAUUAGGAAUUAAUAUUACGCCAAAUGGCGCAACAAGUGUAAAUAAUGUCACUGCUAUUAUUUAUCCACAAAAUAGAACGCAAAAUAUUGCUACUUAUGGUUCAACUAUUAUAAUUCCAAUACCAAACGAUGCAAUAAAUUUCGUUGACGUUUUACUAUCAAUUAAAUAUGGAACAAGUUCUACAUCAGAAAAAUAUUUGGAUAUUAUUGCUUGUUUGUGCACAAAUGGUGGCACAUGUAAUUUUCAACAAACUAAUCCAAUAGGUUCUCAUUAUCAAAUUAGUUCAUGUGAUUGUCCACCACAAUAUGAUGGUGAUUUAUGUGAAUUGGAAUACAAUGGAUGUGAAUCUGGUAGUGCAUGUGCAGAUGAGUGGGAUGUUGGAACAACAUGUGUUCCAUUAUCUGCUCCUGAACAAGUAAUACAAGAACGUUCUUAUUAUUGUAAUGGAACUUGUAAAGAUGGAUUUAAUUCAACAGAUGGUUAUACUUGUGAUAAUAUUGAUGAAUGUGAAGUAGAUCCAUUAAUAUGUGGAAAUGGUAUUUGUAUAGAUAUGAUUGGAUCAUAUUUAUGUAAUUGUUCAUUCGGUUAUCGAUUUGAUAAUCAAACAUGUAUUGAUAUCAACGAAUGUAUUGAACCAAAUAUCGACGGUAGUUUUCCUCGUCGUUGUAACGAUACUGACAUUUGUAUAAAUACAAACGGUAGUAAUCGAUGUGAAUGUAGUUCAAUUUUUAAUACAACUGGUAAUUGUACUUAUGAUGAAAGUCUAUGUGAUAAUAACACUUGUAAAGAUAAUGAUACACUUCUAUGUUUACAUGGAACAAUUAAUGUGAAUGAUAGUUGUAUUCCUUGGUGUCAUUCUACAUGUCCUGAAUUUUGUGAAUUAAUAAAUAAAAAUUAUCAAUGUAAUUGUCAAAAAUAUCCUGGUUUUGAAUAUUCUGAUGAUGGAAAACAAUGUCUUCAAUGUCGUGGUCCAAAUUAUGGUAUUAAUUGCUCUCAAUCAUGUGAAUGUAUUUAUGGUAGAUGUAAUAAAAAUGCAACGAAUCAAAAUGAUAGUUGUACUUGUGAUGAUGGAUAUCAAUUACCAUAUUGUAAUCGAAUUAUUAAUGCCUGCGAAAGUAAUAGUUCAUGUAAUAUUAUUAGUGAAGAUUGUGAAACAGAUACGAAUACUCGAAAAGCUGUAUGUAGUUGUAAAAGUGGUUAUAAAAUUGAUAAUACAACUAAUAGUUGUACAGAUAUUAAUGAAUGUGAUAUUGAAUCUAAUUGUGAUGAUAAAACUUCAUAUUGUACGAAUACUAUUGGAAGUUAUAAUUGUACUUGUAAAAAUGGUUAUACGCCUGCCAGUAAUUCAUGUAUAGAUAUUAAUGAAUGUGAAACAUCAACAAGUUGUGCAAAUUAUAUGAAUACAGAUUGUAUUAAUAUGCCAGGUUCGUAUGAAUGUCGAUGUAAAUUUGGUUAUUCAAUAAAUGGUGAUAAAGAAACAUUAAUGCAGAAUGUGUUAAAUACAACUGGUUCUUGUUUAAUAACAGAUUAUACAGUAGAUUGUCAAAAUACUUGUAUAAAUCUAGCUUCAUGUAAUUCAACAACAGGACGAUGUACAUGUCCAAUAUCUACAUUGGAACUUGUUGAUUUAUCCGAUUCUAAAGAAACAUGUCAAUGUCCUGGUUAUCCAUUUGUUAAUUAUACAACUGGAGUUUGUGAUUCAUCACUUGCUUCAACAUGGUUUUUACUUUAUUUAAAUCCAAAAGCAACGACUCGAUCUGUUAGAAUUACUUCUCCUGUAAUAUCAAAUAUAAUAUUCGAAAUAUCAAACAUAUUAUCUAAAUUGAAUAAAACAUGUGAUGACUCAUGUAUACAAAUAAAUAAAACUAGUACAUCAGCUGCGACUCUUAAAUAUUUUAUUGGAUUAAAUAUAUCAUUAAAUUCUUCUGAACGCUUUCAACUUGCUAAUGAUUUUUAUCAUGAUAAUAUAAGUCUUAAUAAUGAUUAUAAUAUAACAGUACAUAUAGUUAUAAAUAAUAAAACGAAAGAAUUAGAAAGAUUUACAAGUAGACGAAGACGUUGUGAAGAAUGUGAAAUUUUGAGUCACGGCAGUUGUAUAAGUGAAAUUGAAGAUUCAUGUCGAUGUUAUACAAACCAUGAAGGUUAUUUUUGUCGUGAAGCUUCUACAACACCUGAUUUAGGUCGAGUAAUGUCUGAAGAAAAAAAAUGGAUUAUUAUCGUCGGCGUAUUAAGUGCAGUAGCUGGUCUUCUUUUAAUUAUGGCAUGUUUUGUAUGUAUUGUUCGUAUUAUUUCAACAACUCGUAGUAGAUCAUCAAGAAAAACAAGACCAUCAAUUGGUCAUGGAUCUUAUUAUAUACCUCGUGCACAUGUUCCAACAAUGGGUACUGGUGGUCAAGAUAUAUUUAGUUGGGAUGGUUUCAGUCUUAGUACAAAUGAUGAACGAUAUAAUGAUACGUCGAAUUCUUAUCAAUCAAGUUCAACAACAACUUAUAAUCCAACAUAUCGUAUUGGUGAAAUGUCUGAUGAAGCUGAUUUCACAUUAUUUGAUAAUCUAGAAAAUCUUACAUCAUUAGCAAAAAGUUCUAUACCACGUGGACAAAUGAUUGGAAUGACUGGAACAUUAAAUAGUUUUCCUCGAGAACAAAUAAUCGAUAAUUUAACUGGAACAUUUACGGAUUCGAAUGAACUUGAUGAAACUAUAUUAGUUACAGAUAUGUUAGAAGAUAUGACAAAAGAUGAUUAUCGAACAGAUGAUUUCCUAGAAGCAUGUAAUCCAUAUUUAAUUAUACCAAGAGCAUCUAUUCGGCCAGAAUUCUUCGAUAAUUCAUAA